UCUAAUCUCUAUAUUUGUGUACAAAACAAAAAUAAACCAAAGAAAAUUACUUACUAUUUACUUGACCCAAUUGUAAUAUUUGUUUUAACUUCAAAAACAUGAAUAAACUUCAAGAACAUGUUUAUUUAACUGAGACUAUAUUAAGAAUUUUAAAGCAAAACCGCAUUAUAACAAUAUUAGAUUUCUUGCAAGAAGAUGCAGAAAAGUUAUCAACUUUAACGAAACUAAAUUUGUCACAGAUUUUAGAAAUAAGACAAGCUAUAUUUAAUAAACAUUCCGCAAACUUGAUCAUUGGAUCAACAUUAUUUGUAAAUAAUAUAACUACUAAAAAGUUUAUACUCACAGGUAUUAAUAGUUUGGAUACCACAUUGGUCAGUGGUAUACCAGUUGGGCUUAUAACUGAAAUAUGUGGGCUUGCAGGCUCUGGGAAAUCACAACUUUGUAUGCAAUUAGCAAUUAACUUUGUCAAAGAGUCGAAUAAUAUAGUCCUUUAUAUCGACACUAAAGGUGAUUUUUCUGCAGUUAGAAUACAAAAGAUUUUAGAAGCUCAUGGCUUAUCACACAAGGACAUGGCAGUUAUUUUGUUAAAAAUAAGAGUUGUUUAUAUAUGGAAUAUAGAGGAGUUGAUAAGACUCUUAGAAAAUAUCAAAAAAGGUGUUCUUAAAAUUGAAAAUUUAUCAAUGAUAAUCAUUGAUUCAUUACCAUGUCUUAUGUUUCAACAUUUCGGAGAUAAUAAUAAUAUGGGAUUAACAUUUUUAAAUAGAGUUAUUAAUUAUAGCAGAUACCUUAGUAAAGAAUUUCAAAUAGGUUUCAUAUUUGUUAAUAUUCAAACACGAUGGAUUGACCAAGAUAUUACUGAUCCUGAAGAUACUGAAUCUGCAUGUAGUAUAAAAGACUUAACAUAUAAUGAAAAAAGAACCCGCUGCCUUGGGAAGUAUUGGAAAACUAUCCCAGCUUUAGUAAUAGAGUUAGAAAAAUUGAAACUUGAAACUAAUAGUUGUGUGACAAUUAAAGUUUUAGUUACACAUCAUAUUAACCCUUCUGCCAUCAAAAGUUGUUUUAUAAAUGUGAGUGCCCAAGGAGUCAUUUAAUUUUGUGUUUUGAAUUCUACAUUUUUAAAUAAUCUCAGCACUGCAUUUUUUACAUUAACC